UUUGACUGAAUCGGAUUUUUAAUCAGCGGAUGUACUGCGGUUAAUUAACGAAAAAAUAUUCAAUCGAUUAUUCCCGCAUAAUCGAUCGGUUUUUUGAUAAAUUUAUUUAUCAAAUAUGAAGGUGGACAUACUGUCGAAGUUCCAACACGACGGCUACGUCGUUUUGGACGAUUACCUGUCCGCCAACGAAGUCGAGGAACUCAAAGCUGCCGGUGAAGAAUUCACAACGAAUUUGCCUCCGGAAGCCGAAAGAAAAAUAUUCAGCACCACCGACGCACCGCAAGCCAAGGAUCAAUAUUUCAUCGACAGCGCCCACAAGAUCAGUUACUUCUUCGAGGCCGGGGCUCUGGAGGAUGACAAAACUCUCAAAGUCCACCCAAGAGUGUCCCUCAACAAGGUGGGACACGCUCUCCACUGGCUUCAUCCAAUUUUCAAAAAAUUCUCCUUCGACGACAGAGCUAAGGAGGCUGCCUUCCAGUUAAAUUUCCAGGAGCCCGCGAUCGCCCAGUCCAUGUACAUAUUCAAAAAUCCUGGAGUGGGGUCCGAAGUGGUCGCUCACCAAGACGCUACGUUCCUUCACACGCAACCCACACAAAUUUUGGGCUUUUGGAUAGCCCUGGAAGACGCGACCUUGGAGAACGGAUGUCUGUGGAUCGCUCCGGGAUCUCACAACAGCGGAGUACAUCGUCGUUUCACGAGAAACAAGGAUCCGAAAGCGGAAGAGCUUCUGGUGUACGAUAAAGCAGCACCCUGCUACCCGCAGAGUAACUUCAGGGCUGUUCCCGUUAAAAAAGGAACGUGCAUUCUCCUUCACGGGCAAGUCGUUCACUUUUCGAACGCGAACAAGAGCCAGAAAUCACGUCACGCUUACGCCUACCAUGUAAUAGAAACGAAAAACGUACAGUAUUCAAAGGACAACUGGCUGCAACCUCCGAGCGAAGGAUUUCCUCUACUUUAUAGAAAUUAGAUAAUUCAAAUACUUUGUCACCCUUAAAUUUUAAUUCUUGUAUCGAUUCAAUAAAUUAUUCACUCGGCUGAAGCUUGAAAAAAAAAACCCUACAAAUAAUUCAUGUGCGAAUGAUCGUUGAAAUGCUAUGAAUGAUCGCUCUUACGUACCUCUGGAAGGUAUACCUUGAUAAAAAUAUCGGCGUUUGAACGAAAUUCGAGUCGUCGAGUGCUGUUACUGAACGCGGGUAAGUCACCCCAUAUCGAUCAGCUAGCGUGUUCCAGUAAGCGAGAGACUGGAAUACCUUCUUUACUCGCGUCCGAAAGUGUAGCAGCCCUUGGAGCUCCAGAAAAAAUUUCAUCCCUUACUUUUGCUACCUGAAACGAAUCUGUAAAAUUCAUUUUCAGAGUUAUUCGACAAAAAUAAUUCGACCAACUCUUUUUAAAUUUUUUCAACAGCAAAUUAUCGGGGUGCGAAGAUCGAGAGGGAUGAGUGCAAGGGAGUUAGCGGUGUCGUUCGACGCCACACGCGACGUACGUAUCACAUACACAACGUAUAUACGUGGUAGAAGUUAAACCCGCUUAAUUCAUGUAGAUUUGCUAAUUGUUGAACUUUGUUCAGCCAUGUAAAAUACACAGGAGAGAUAGAUACAUACGGGUGUUGUACAAUGGGUUACACGUACACACCCCUAGUUCUUUUGUGAAGUGCGGAGUUUCGUUAACGCGUAACGAUUUCACCCCGUCUCGCGAUUUUCCAUUCAUUCUUCGCUAACUGCACCGCGUAUUAUACCUUCCUUCGAUGUUCGCCAUAGCCGGGGCAAUUGGAAUCGAUCGAAGCUGCAACAAUUCCUUGACACUGUGAAUGAAAUGAAAUUUGUUUUGUGAACAUUUCGCCGCCGCAUCGUCAUCCGGAGAUGUAUUUUCACCUUGCCCCAGGGCUCUGGGCCGCUUGGAGAAUAUCGAUGAGAGGAGGAACCGGUAAUUUCGUGUCGUUGAAAUACAGGUUUCAACAGUUUGGGCUGUGCGGUGCAGUCGGAGACCACCGUUAGGUAUAACUCACCGACGUUAUUCGACAAUCGUCAAAUAGAAGAAACGAAAAUAGGCGGAAAAAAUUUGUUUAGAAACUGACGAUCGCCGCGAUACGGUCGGGGUGUCAAUUCAACGUUAUCCGUUACGUGGAUACACGCGGCGUGGAGGUGAGGCGAUGACUUGACGACGUCGUUUCCAUACAAAUAAACAGUUAUUUCCGUCUGUGUCUACAAAGCUGCAGGAGAUUCCAUACGCGGGAUACGGGACGUAGAACGUUGCUCGACUCCGAACGUGCUUCUUUUAACAAUAAAGCAGACUCGAAGCCCGUUCUCCGAGGCUAUAAAACGUCCUACGAGACAACACACCUCGCCACUCUGCUCGAUACCGGCGUAAAAAAACCCCUCACGAGUCGUCGUAUUCCGCGUAACUCGCUUAUAUUCGCUUCUAACUCGCCACGGGAUAAUUAAACCUGCUGUGAUUCGGUUGAAACGAGUAGAGAGAAAUAAAAAAAAAAAGACAAAUUGAAAAAGGCAAAACGAAAAAGAGAAAGCA